UCAUACGGACUGUAUUAGCGUCCACGAGAUUAGCUGAUCACUCUCAGCCGUCGUUUUCACCGUCGGAACAAGCUGUUGAAUUGACCCACCCGGGUAUAGGGUUAAUACGGCAACCGACGAGCCCAAGUAGGCCUACCCACUCUCCGAACCCAUGGUCCAACAUGUCUAAACAAAACGUGCCAUUUUUCCUGGCCAUAUUUUCCUUGGUAAUAAUCAGUUGGAACUGCUUUAUUAAUUUGUACUUUACGCGCCAAAAUAUCCGAUGUUUAAGGCUGGCCAACAACAUAGACAACGCUUAUGCCAAUCUCCGAGACAACAUUAAACUAAAAACGGCAGCCAAGUAUAAGCUACAGCAGGACAUCGAUGAUACGAAGACCAGCCAGCUGGCAACUCAACUGGCCAGUAGGGCAGCCACGUUGGAAAGGUUCCGCCAGCUUUACAAGGAAAACUUGAAUCUUGAAAUUCAAUUGAAAGAGGAGCUGGAGAAGAAAGCUGAGGGGCAGGUGGAAUACGGAAAGAAGCUGAAACAAUUUGUCAUCCAGCUUCUCAAGGAUAGGGGUAAUUUACGUGAGGAAAUUGCAAGUGUGAAGACAAAAUUGCAAGGCAUCAAAGAUAUGACUGGAUGACGGAGAACAAAACGAAGCAAGCUGAUUCCCGAGUUUUACAUCGAGCCUCACACGGACAUGAUGUAUCAGCAAAAUAGCAAGUUAAUCGGAAAUCAGCGAUGAACCUCAUUAGUUUUAUGUUCAUCUUGAGACAAGAUUCUUCUUCUUUAGGAGUUUCUUAAGAUUAUUCUUAAAGUAGAACUUCGAUCCAAAACGAUGAACAUCCUCUUUUUAGACGUCUAGGCGAGCGAGGGCGCCCUACUGGAAAGACAUUAUGUGCAAAAAGUCCUAUUUGGCCAUGGCAGUAUUCUAUUCUUCCAUGUACCGCAAGGUUUUCACUGCAUUGCUUCACAGGUUCACCCUCAGGAAAUUCGAUCUAGUGCAAAUUAAAAAUAUUGCUCUAAUACACAGUGGUGUAAGGCCUCACAGUUUUUCCCAAAAACUAUACGUGCACAUUUACUUGCUAAGCAAAACUUGGGUCACUCUGGUACAAGCACACACUUUAAACUUCAUGGAAUUUUCGGCUGGUUACCUGUUUCUAUCACAAUAUUUCUGGCAUAGCAAGUUUGUGUGAUUACAUGUUUUAUGAAAUUGGGCCCAGUUUGCAAUGUGCGUUGAAAACACUGAUGUUGCUUGAUCUCUAUUCAUUUGUUUUGCCGCACUGCACCUGCAAAAACGCACUUAGCAGAAAACUAUGUGGGGACAUGUACUGUGGGCUCAAGUCUCUUGAUGGUAGGAGCGUGGAGGUGUAGGAGAUAGAAAGAAAUAAUUGCUCAGGUUUGCUGAAGGGCUUUCCAGUUCAGAUCGUACAAAUGGUCCCUUCCCUCCUCUGUACUGGGGCCCAAUUUCAUAGAGCUGUCGAGCAGAUUAUUUGUAUAGACUUUUGCUCAUGUUGUCCGAUUCUCUUGGCAGUAGUUUCAGUUGGUAAAUUUGAAUGGUAUCAAUAAAUACUAUCACUUUCCUUUCUUAACCAUACGGUUCAGAGAUAUCUUGGUUUUGUUUAUGGCCAACUUGGAUUAAGGGUCUGACCAUCUGCUUUCUCGACCACUAACGGAUAGGCUACUUUUAGGGAAUAUCUUCCUCCUGGAUGAAGGAGGGGUUCAGUAAAAACAUUUUGAUUAUAUUAAAGAUUGAUGUUAUGAGAAAGAACUGCAACGACACACUCGUUUUUUAAAAUAAUACUUCAAAGGAUUUACAAAUCCCCUUUAAUUAAUGACCGUGUACACAUCUGAUGAAACUCUCUAAACUGCCGCGUUUGCUUUGUUUUAAUUGACUUUGAAUAGUAGGUUUAGGCCUAGCCCAUCUUGUUGGGUUGGGAUGUUAACUCUUCACAUCGGUCUUGUCAUUUUGCAUGUUAUGAUCCUUACUCUAUGAUCAAAGAGAGCCAUAACAUCCCAACAACUUGGGGACGGUUAAAGGAACAUUACAAACAUUAUUUUUUGCUAACAAAACAGUAGCUGGCAAUGUUAGCACUUUAACCCACCAGUACAUAAACUGAAAAAUCUGUAGAAGUUUGUGAUCGAUCGGCCAUCUGGGUCCAGAGAAAAUAGUGAAAGACAGAUUACACAUUUUGAAUGACACCCUUUACACAAAAAUGAAUAAAACGCUCACUGCGCGAUCAACUCCAAACGGGAAACUUCAGACAGAAAUAUUUCAAGGUAUGUUUUCUACUAUCAUCAUUUAGACCGUGUACCUCAACUUUUAUGUUAAUCUGAGAUCUUAGACAAGGUUUUUUCUUACCAAUUCUGUAAUGUUACUUUAUGGCCCAAGUACGCCUAAAUCCCAACAAACACGGCUGAAUGUACAACACUGGUUGUAGUUGCACGGUUUCCCAAACGGUGAUAUAUUUGGUUGACAUUUUGAAAUGAUACAAUAAAUUUUGAAAUGGAAUAUAUACAUUUUUGGAUGACACCCUGUUUUUGCCGUUUCUAUAAUUAGUUAAAAAUUUCACACCUAUCAAACAAACAAUCAGUGCAAACAUUUUGUAUAUUGCUGCAUCUUAUACUAAGUUAAUGCUGAUAAAAUACCUAGACCCACUUUUAUGGCUUUGGUUUCACUCACUGGCACAAUAUUUUUUUGUACAUUUAGUAUUAAGAAGAAUAUGCUACUUUUCAGCUUGAGAUCGAACAAGCAAAUAAUUACUGCCGAACAAUUAAUAAUAAUAUAUGCAUGGCAUGCCAAUCUGAAUAUAAUGACUAUUAAUGAUUUCUUAUAUGAAAACAAAGGUUUGGGUCCCAAAACCCACUUCUGGAUAUUAUACAUAGUAUUAACAAAAAAUAGUUGCAAUGCAUGUGCACAUGGUCUGUCAAACAUCAAUCAAGAUGACAUUAACAAAAGUUAUUUUAAUAUAAUUACAAAUUUGUCUCGAGUCUUCGACAUUAAAAACCCCAUUAUUUUGGGAUAUUAAACACUCUGUUUUAAAUCUAUGUGCUGAUAGUUUCUAUUUAUUUCUACACUUCAGCUGUUGAAAACUUUAAUUUUAUGAGGGCAUUGUAUUAAAAGAUAGAUUAUAUGAUUAAGAAUUACCCUGAUUAAAAACUACUGAUUUUUUAAAUAUUGUAUACUGGGAAUGAUAACUGUAUUCAGGCAUGCAACUGUAACUUCACCCCAAAAGAGAAAAUUAC